AUGCAGGAUGUUGCAGAAGAGCAGAUAAUGCAGGAUGCUGGUAAGAGGAAGGUUGAUGAUAGCAGAUUGCUCAAUGAGACUUGUUCUCAGCCUCUUAAUGUAGUGGAUAAUAAUAUGGUAAUGGAACAAAUACCUACCAGGAAUUCCUUUUAUGUUUUAAGGGAAGUCACCAUGGCAAUUACUGAAGUUAUAAAUAUUGGUAGUUCUGUUAAAGUUAAUAUUUCAGCUGCUGAGAAUUUAUAUCCCAAUCUGGGAACUAAGGACCACCAAAGCUCUUCUUCUUCUGCUGGUGGCAAUGGUGCUAAAGGGCAUAUUCCUAAAAACAUUUACAUUGUUAGAAGUGUGCACCAAAUGGGGACAGAUUUGAAGAAAUCUGCUAGAGGAUGGAACAUAAGAGGGAUGAAUGACCCUCUUAAAAAAGUAGAAGUUAUGAAUUUUAUUAGAAUAAACAACUUGUCUAUUGUGGGAAUUGUUGAGACUCAUGUGCAGAGUCAAAAUAAAGAUAGAAUAAGAAGGGUCAUUAGGCCUGACUGGCAGUUCAUUGACAAUAACUCUAAGAUUCUGCUAGGAUUUGGGUUGGGUGGAACCCUGCAACAGUUUCAGUUUCUACUAUUUAUGCUUCAGAUCAGCAAUGACCCACAAGUUAGGAAGCUUUUGUGGGUUGAUAUUCUGAACUUUUCUUCUACAAAUUCUCAUCCUCUCCUUCUUGUGGGUGAGUUUAAUUCUAUUCUUUUUCCUCAUGAGAAGGUGGAUGGGAUUGUUACUUCUAAUAAUUACCUGUAUUUUUGGAACUGCACUCAAGAUAGUUUCCUCUUUGAUCUUGCUUAUUCUGGAUGCUUCCAUACAUGGAAAAAUGGUCACACUGAUGACAACAGAAUUUUAUCUAAGUUGGAUAGAGCCAUGGUGAACAUGGAGUGGGUUACCAGGUUUUCUGACUCUAAAGCUGUUUUUCUUGAAGCUGGCAUAUCUGAUCACUCAUCUAUGGUGGUUUCUAUCUUUGAAGACAGAGUUCAUGGUCCUCCACCUUUUAAAUUUUAUAAUUUUAUGACUGAGGAACCUGAUUUUUUAAAUUUGGUUAGAGAAGUUUGGGAAGAGCCUGUGAGAGGGAAUCCUAUGUUUGUCUUUAUUACCAAGCUCAAGAAAGUAAAAUCCAGAAUUAUCCAAUGGAAGAGGGAGAGAUUUAAGAACAUUCCAGCCCUGGUAGAAAUUGCUAAAGAUGAGUUAUGCACCAUUCAAAAACACAUUCAACAAUUUCCUAUGUGUGUGGAAUCUGCUCAACAUGAAAAUUUAGCUAUUAAGAAGUAUGCUAAAAGCUCUUUUGUGGAUGAUUCAGAAUUUCUUGAUUCUCUAAAGUUUGAAAACUUGUUGAAGGAUGAGCAUAAGUGUGAUCUUAUUAAGCCUGUCACUAGAGAUGAAGUUGUGCUGGCCUUAUCUACUAUUGGAUCUAGUAAAGCCCCUGGGACUGAUGGGUUCUCUAGUUGGUUUUUCAAGUCUUGCUGGAGUGUUUUAGGUGAUGAUUUUACUGCUCCUGUCCAGAAUUUCUUUAAACAUUCAAAACUCCUCAAAGAGCAUGUGCUGGGAGGACUCAUUAGUGCAAAUCAGUUUGCUUUCAUCUCGGGUAGAGAAAUCCAAGACAAUGUUCUAGUGGCCCAUGAAUUACUAAGGAAUUACCAUAGAACUGUUGGAUCCCCUAGAUGUACUCUCAAGAUUGAUAUUAAAAAAGGUUAUGACACUGUUAGUUGGAAGGUUGUUAUCCUUGCUCUGCAGCAGUUUGGAUUUCCUCCCAUGUUUAUUGAAUGGAUUAGAUGA